CGAAAAUUUUCGAAAAAUUGAUUAUGUCCAGAUUGUUCAAUAUUCAAGAUUUUGCCAAGGCUGUACCCAACCACCAGUUUGGAUUUAGACGCGAACACGGCACAGAGCAGCAGUUGGCCAGAGUCACUCAGUUUAUCUUACAGGCAUACGAAGAAAGAAAAUUCUGCUCGGCAGUCUUUGUUGACAUAGCAGAGGCAUUCGACCGCGUGUGGCACGACGGCCUUCUUUAUAAGUUAAUCCAGAUUCUGCCUCUUCAAUUGUUCAACAUCCUCCAGAGUUACCUUAGCGAGCGUACCUUCACAGUAAGCCUAAGCGAUGGCACUAAAUCAAAAACAGGUCGUGUUUCAGCGGGCGUGCCCCAAGGAAGCGUUUUGGGGCCAAUUUUAUACACCAUUUAUUCCUCGGACAUGCCAAUGCCAAUACUCACACAGAGACGCGUGAAUUUACAACCAAAUCAGAAUCGCAUGCUACUAUCUACGUACGCCGAUGAUACGGUGAUCAUGUGUGCCUCUGAUGUUCCUGCAUCCGCCGUUAGAGAGAAUCAGAGUUACCUCGUGCAUUUUUCCCAAUGGGCUAAAAAGUGGGCCAUCAACAUCAAUCCAAGCAAAACAGGACAUAUCAUCUUUACGCUGCGUAAAUUAAACGACACAGAUAAGCGAAGGUCUCCACUAAUUAACGGAGAACUGGCUCCGUGCGUAAAUGCACAGACUUACCUGGGAGUCACACUCGACAGGAAACUCACCCUUGAGCAUCAUGUCAAGAAACUCAAAAUCAGAGUAAGAGCUCGUGAAUGCAAGCUGAUGUGGCUGAUCGGCAAAAGGAGUCGUCUGGCAAAGGAGUGCAAAGCGCUAAUUAUUAAGCAACUUAUUAUGCCUAUUUGGCAAUACGCCAUUCCCAUUUGGGGAGCCCUCACAUGUGACACUCAUGUCAAUCGAUUACAGAGCCUGCAAAAUAAAAUAAUAAGAAACUCAGUUAAUGCGUCAUUAUACAUCAGAAGCUCGACACUACGUGACACUUACGAUCUAAAAUCAAUUGAUGAAGUCUUUCAGCUAGCCAGCGCCCGCUUUGCCAAUUCUUGCUCAGUUCACGCAAACCCCGAGGCACGAAAUUUAAUAAUCCAGCCUUAUGAGCCGCAGCGUCUACGGAGGCCACGUUAUUUACAGCAAUUACAACAACAUAUUUUGCCGCUGCAAUCACUAGCUCGUGCUCAAAUCCAAGGCCCGCAAAAUUCACCAGUUCAGAAUGACAAUAUCCAGCGCGAUGAUAGGCCGGAGCAAAGGCAACAAAUCAUUCCGUUUCUUCCCACGCUACUGCGCUUAGAAGAGGAAGAGCUGGACAGGCAAGAGACCGAAAGAUUGGCUGAGGAAACCAGACGUCGUCAGCUACUGAGAUCCCGUUCUCCUCCUAGAAGAUUUUGUGAAAUGCAAAUUAAUGCUUAUAGGCGAAGAUAUAGAAAUGGCCAACUUACAAGAGAGGCGGCGGUGGCUAUUAUUCAGGGCCAGCCAGCGGCAAUACAACGUAUAAUUGUUCCUGAUUAUGUAAUUGAGGGACAGGAACGGUCUACAGAGGCAACGAUACCAACGCCAUCAAUGCAAAGGAAUCCAGUUCAGGUCAUCGAAAGACGGGAGCAGAUUCCACAGGCAACGAUACCAACGCCAGCAACGCAUACAAAUCACCCGCCUCCUAGAAGAUUCAAUCAGCCGCCUAUUGGAUUAAGAUUGACAGAAGAGCAGAUUAAUAUUUACAGGCGCAAAUACAGAAAUGGAGAACAUACCAGAGACGUUGCUAUAGCCCUCAUCUGGGAUCAACCGCCAGCUAUCCAACGAAUCGUCAUUCCAGAUUAUGUUCGACCAGGCCAAGAGCCGCCGCCACCUGUCGAAACAUUUUCACUAACUGACUCGCAGCCUUCACAAGACGCAGAUGAGCAGCCAGCACAAUCGGUUACACAGCAGCCAAUCAUCGUAGAGCAACACGAAGCCAUCACUAGCCAAGAAACAUUGCUGAACAUUGGCCUGGAGCAGACCCAGAGGGAGCUCAUCCGCAUUCUUGAUGACGACGAGAUGGCAAUGCGACGCAGCGUGCCCAGAAAUCCUAUCUCUCACAGCUGCACUGCAGGAGGACGCACAUCCAUGUCCCGCAGAUGCACGGCUGCAGAUAUUCUGCUGAUUGGCUGGUCAAUCCUGACUAGCCUGUCCGACUCGAACAUAUCCGCCAAGCCAGCUGGUGUUUCUGGUUCCUUCGUAGCCGAGACCAUGUACGAUUCUGAUGAAAUCGCUGACGAAGCCGCAAUGGAAACGUCACCAGAUCCCUUUCAAAAUACGAUCGUGGAAAAUUCCAUGAGCCCCAUGAACUUCAGGCACCUCCAAGUUGUGCGUGGCGGCGUUAAAGUUGUUCACACAAGAAAUCCGGCGGAAAACCACCUGACUAAUCUCCAGCUAAAACUACGCCAGGAGCAGUGUAAACAAAAUAUCACUCCGGGUCCAGAGAAACAACAGCCAACACAAUCAAGGACUACCACACCAAAGCGCCCCUUGCAGCCGUCGCACAAUCGUGUAGUGCGUGAUAGCGGAAAUCCAGCUACCCGACGACAUUAUUCGAUUCAAAGGCACCAACUCAAAUUCCAUCAGAAUUCGCGUCAAGUUCACCAACAGCGUUCAGCCACCAAGAAGUCUACAACAACCAUAUCAGCUUCACCCAAGCAGGCAGCGGAUAACAAAGUUAUGCGUGAUGGAAGGAAUUCUGAACGAGUACGUAAUCCAGCCGAAAAACACUUGGCGAGUCUACAGCAACAAUUACGUGAAGAGCAGCAGCAACUCCAGCUCCAGGUGGGUCAACAAUCAAUCUCAAACAGCACUUUAUCUCAGGCACUCGAGCAGAAUAUGGCAAUGUUCACCCGUAUGGAAAAAGAAUAG